CCCCCAUUACUUGUGUGUGUGUAUAUAUAUUCGAAAUAGAAGUAGAGUUGAAUGUUAUAUAUAAUAAUAGUUAGAGAAAUAAUAAUUGGAAGAUGAUUAUUAUCCCUUUUUAUUCGGAUUGCAUGCAUGCAUUCUGAUGCAGGUGAAAUCUGAAGGCUCCCUCCGUCUCUGAGAAAAUUAGAGCAGUUCAAAGACACGUCAAGAGAGAUGACCUGGGAAUUACAAACCAUGCAUCGGAUCUAUACUUUUGGAAGGAGUUGAAAGGCUCAAAUUGCAUGCAUCCAUCUAGGUAUGACCCCAUUUUUCAGGUACGGUUUCUUUUUUUUUUUUUAAUAAAAAGAUCGAGACCAUUGAUCAAUAUAUUUGACUUGUGUGCGUGUGUAAAAUAUAGAGAUCAGGGAGCGAUAGAGCAGCCAUAUCAACAUUUCCUCCACAAGCAUCCCUUGUUGGUUCUCAAUGAAGUGGGUGAAGAGUUUUAUUAUAUCUAUAGAAUAAGCCUGCAACGAGUAUCCAAUUCUGAUUAUGGAUGCAAAGAUUGCAUUUCUACCGAUAUAAAUCAUGCUUUAAAUCACCCCACGAGUUGAAACACCCAUUGCACCCCAAACAUCCUCUUACUCUCACCACCGAACCCUUUACCGUUCAACCACAAUGUCGUUCUUCUUUAUUGAUUGAACGGUCGUUGGAAAUCAAAGAAGCUGGAAUUCAUCCUGCCGAUUCACUAACUCUUGUGCAAAAAUCAAUCUCAUUCAACUGUGAUGCUUGUGGGAUGGAAGGCAAGAGAAUGUUUUACUUUUGUGACACAUGUUCCUUCAUGGCCCAUGUAGACUGCUAUUCUACCAUUGAUUGUCAAAAUUGUACGCCACAACCACCCUCUUACCCUCACCUACUCUCUCCUAUCCAACUCAUUCAACAGUAA